AUGCUUAUUACGCCUUCAGUGUCAUAUUUUCCGUUCAAUCCUUUUCUUAAUUAUAUUCUCAUUAUUUCUUUCUUUACUUACUCUUAUCAUCAUUUUCUGACUUCUUUCUUUCUUUCUUUCUUUCUUUCUUUCUUUCUGCUUAUUCUUUUUUGUUUCUUUCCUUUUCACCUUGAUUCUUUCAUUCCAUCCAUUCUCGCUUUCCUUCUUUCAUUCCAUGAUCUCUUUUUCCUUUUUUUAUUAGUUCCUUCGUUCUAUCUUUCCUUCAUUUCUUCUUUACUACCUUCUUUUCAUUCUUCUUCAUUUCAUUUAGUGACAUAUUCUUCCUUCCUUCCUUCCUUCCUUCCUUCCUCUUUUGCUUUCCUUUUUUCUUUCUUUUCUGCCAUCGUUUCUACUUCUUUCUUUCUUUCUUUCUUUCUUUCUUUCUUUCUUUCUUUCUUUCUUUCUUUCUUUCUGUCGUCCGUCCUGUCUUCGUUAAUCCCUCUCUUUCUUUUGUUCGUUCAUUUCCGUUUCUGUUUUUCUAUCUCCCUUAUUCAUAAAUUUCACAGUCUUUCAUUCUUUUUUUUCUUUCUCUCCUCCUCUGAUACAAACCACGCCUUCCCACGCCCUUCUUUCUUGCUUUUUCUUUCUCUCUCUCUCUCUUUCUUUCUUUCUUUCUUUUCAGUCAAUAUUCUUCUGUCUAUCUUUACCUCGACUUCUUCUGUCCUUUCUUAUCGUUUAGUUUCUUUUUCUGUCUUUCUUUCUUUCUUUCUUUCUUUCUUUCUUCUCUAUUCUUUCAUUCUUUCUUUUAAGAACCAUAUACCAUUUCUUUAA